AUGGGAAAAGAGAAGACUCAUAUCAAUUGUGUGGUCAUCGGACACGUGGACUCCGGAAAGUCCACCACUACUGGACAUCUCAUCUAUAAGUGCGGAGGAAUUGAUAAGCGAACGAUCGAGAAGUUCGAGAAAGAGGCCCAAGAGAUUGGUUACAAUCCGGCGACCGUUCCCUUCGUUCCGAUCUCCGGAUGGAAUGGAGACAAUAUGUUGGAGGCGUCGGCAAACAUGCCGUGGUUUAAGGGAUGGCAAAUCGAGAGAAAGGGAGCUAAGGCUGAAGGCAAGACCCUAUUGGCCGCUUUGGAUGCUAUGGAGCCGCCCUCCAGACCUGUCGAUAAGGCCCUCCGACUUCCCCUUCAAGACGUUUACAAAAUUGGAGGUAUUGGAACCGUACCCGUGGGUCGUGUGGAGACCGGAGUGAUCAAACCGGGAUGUGUGGUGACAUUCGCGCCCGUGAUGUUGACCACUGAGGUCAAGUCUGUGGAGAUGCAUCACGAGGCCCUCACCGAAGCGGUUCCCGGCGAUAACGUUGGCUUCAAUGUGAAGAACGUGUCGGUGAAAGAGUUGAGGAGAGGAUACGUCGCCGGAGACUCGAAGGACAACCCGCCGAAGGCGACGGAAGAGUUCACCGCUCAGGUGAUAGUGUUGAACCACCCUGGGCAGAUCAGCAACGGUUAUACGCCAGUACUCGACUGCCACACGGCUCACAUCGCCUGCAAGUUCCGUGAGAUCAAAGAGAAGUGCGACAGACGUAGCGGUAAAAAGAUUGAAGAUAACCCGAAGGCGAUUAAGUCUGGAGACGCGGCGAUCGUCGAAUUGGUGCCAUCGAAGCCCAUGUGUGUGGAGUCGUUCACUGACUUCCCGCCGUUGGGACGUUUCGCUGUGCGCGAUAUGAGGCAAACGGUGGCCGUCGGUGUGAUUAAGGCGGUGAAGCCUAAGGACGUGUCGGGCGGCAAAGUGACCAAAGCCGCAGAAAAGGCUCAGAAGAAGAAAUAACUGUUAAAAACCGAUUAAAUUUAAUUUUGAAUUACAAUAAAAUACACGACAAAUUUAAUACAUAUAUA